GCAGCAUGACUGAGUUGUGCCUCUGAUUCUACAUCUCUGAAUAAUCUUGAUAGUGGUGAUUCAAUUUUUUCUGAAGGUUCUUCUGAUCCUCUUCUUCUGAUCCUCACCAGGCAUCAGAGUUUUUAUGUGAAAUUUUCUUCUGUGUGGUUAGAUUAACUCCAUUCUUGUCAGCUCAGUGGGGAAAGCUGUAGACCUGGUCUUUUCCUAGCACAAGUUGAGAACCCGUAAUCUGGAAUUCGUAAAUCUAAAAUACUCCAAAAUCCAAAUUUGUUCACAUGGGUGGCUAAGACAAUAACGCCUUUGUUAUCUGAUGGCGCAGUGUAUAUACGCAUAGUUUCAUACAAAACAUUAUUAAAAAUAUUUUAUCAAAUUAUCUUCAGGAGAUGUGUAUAAGGUUUAUAUGAAACAUACAUUAAUUCAUGUUUAGACUUGGGUCCUGUUUCCAAUAUAUCUCAUUAUGUAUGUAUGUGCAAAUCUAGGUAUUCCUAUAUUUUCUCACACAGGAAUGAAAACCAAAACAUUUCUGGUCUCAAUUUCGGAUUAGAGAUAGUCACUUGCAGUCUUUCAUACCUUCAAAACACGAGUUUUCAAGCCAUUGUACUAAAAAGAGAAUGUUUGAUUCAAUGGAAAGGGGAAAUUAAAGCCACUAAAUCCUAGUCAGCUUCUUAAACACUUAUAUUAAGUGUUUUAUGAUAUGUUUAGUUUAAUCACCCAAAUGUGCCUCAAUUUGACUACUGAGUACCAUUUGUUAAUUAUAGAACUUUCAUUGGGACUGCUGCUUUGAUCUGGUAGUAUAACAUAUUUGGCUUCAUUUUAACAUCCAAAAACAUCUUAAGACUGCACCAAUAAUUGAUAGGUUCCUGAAAAAAAUGUAUAAUAUGUAACAUAUAUGUGAAAUUAGUAACCAUGAUCUCAGUGGCCAGUCACCAAAAUAAAAAUUAGAAGUUUUAAUCAACACAUCAAAGUGACAGCAUGCAUGUGUCUGCCUGUCAUUCUGAAAGCAAAUCAAUAAAAACGUGUUCAUUAAUUGAAAAUGAGGACCAGGAUGCAAGACUUUUUACAUGUAUCAAAUCCUCACAGAUCAGCUCAGGUUACCAUAUCAACUUCCCCCAUAGAUCUUACUGAUGUAUAGCUGAUACCAACCAACAUACCUGCCUGCAAAAAAAAUCAUGUUUGGUGUCCUGUGUAUUUAGGUGGGGAAACUUCCUUAUUAUGUUUUUAAAGAAGCUGCUAAAUUGAACUGUAAAAUGCUAGCUACAAAGCAUAAUGAGAUGCAUAGAUUUCUCCCCUUUCUGCUCCAUGCUGGUGAAUCAAGAGAGAUUUCUUCCACAUUAGCAAAACUGCAAGCUAUGUAGCAAAGAAACAAAUAAGUCCCUAAGUUAUUGAAAGAAAAACAUUUGACCUCCAAAGCCACACUGUGCCUACUCUUGCAUUAGUUCAAACAGUUUGCAAUUCUGAACAUCACCCCUUAUUUCAGAGGCACUGAAAAGUUCUAUAUGUAAAAGAAAGAUUAUAUUGUUGAUUGGUCUUAAAGCGGAAUAACUUGGUGUGGGCCAGAGGUGAAACUUCUGUUCAUGUGCCAAUAGGUGACUUCUAGUUCUUUUAAAGAUAAAUUUAGAUUUUUUUUUCCAGACCAAGCAAACAUAAACCUGCAAAGAGACAUAAAAACAAGAAAACAAACCAUAAAACAAAAGACAGACAAAAAAUAGAAUUAAAAUUUCUAAUAUAAAAAACACACUACUAUUAAACCAAUAAACAUUGACUACAUACAGAUCUAAAAUAAUUGUUCUAAGGGCUUUACAUUGUCUGUCUAGGGAUUUUAUUUCAUCAAUUUUACACACACAUUAAAAGAAAACCCAUUAAUUCUCUCCUUUCCCAUAAGAUGAUGAAAAUAUUGAUGUUUUUUUCUUCUCUCAAUGAUGGAGUAAAAUUGAGGAAACAAAACCACCAGGUAGAAAAUGCCAUCUCCAAGGGAGAAGAGGGGUUAGUGUGACAUCACAACCUCAGCAGCUGUCCCCACCCCUUGGGAUUGUCACUGUGAUGCGUUCUCCACUAUCAUCUGCAGUGCUUCAACCAGUAUAGGUUAUCUAUGAGUAUAUGUAGCCACUUGAAUCCUGAUCCCAAAGAACCCAAUGGCUAAAGAGGUCUCGAGUGGCAACUACAACAUAGGUGAGAAGCUGGGCCUGGAAAGGGGCCUGCUGUGCCAGUUCAUCCACUCCCCAGUUUACAACCUUUUCCCCAGAUCAGCAGUUUUUGAGAGCAACUUCAUCCAGGUAACCAAGAAGGGGAGAUGGGUGGACAUCAACAACCUGCCCACUGUUGUGACUAUGGGGGUGACCUCCACAGACCCCUGCCUCCCACUCCCCAAUGUCCUGCUGAUGGCCAAGCGGCGGCGACCCCACAGAGGAGAGGACCCCAGGCGACCCACCCUUGAGCUGACCAGGAUGCUGCCCCUGCGCUACCUGCGCCUGUCAGUCCAGAGCGCCAGACAGCGCAUUCUGCGCCUUCAGAUGGUGACUCAAAGUGAUUUCUUCCUGCAACUGCACCCCAACCACCCCAGCAUUGUCUUUACCCUCUGGACCCGGCUGACCAACAUCCUCGAGCAUGGCCUCUCCAUCACCACCAAGGACCCUGCCAUCCGCAUUCGGCACAGCCUUGUUCCCAGCAGGCCCUGCAGCAGCAGCUCCUCUGAUGAGGGUGUGAUGAAGAGCGCCAGCAAAGAAAUGUCAGGUGUUGUCUCCCAGAUUUCAGGGACAACAGAAAAGACAAAGGAAAUACAGAGAAGGAUGUCCUUCCCGAAGGAAGAGGAGGAGGAAAUGUCUGCUUUAUCCAAUGACCUGAGAAUGCUCUUUUAUGACAGGCCUCGUCCACUGGUGUGUGCCAAGUGCAAGGGCCGCCUACCCAAGAGCCACCUGCGGAGGAGUGCCAGUGAAGAGGCCGCUACUGACUCAGAACUUAACAUCCUGCCCUGGACAGACAGGCACAGCUAUGGCCUCUGGCAGCAGGAGACCCCUGGCUGGCUCCAGCCCCUCUGCCGCCUCAGCAGCCUGGCCGCCGCCUUGGAAAAAUAGCAUCUAUUUGUGCCUCCCUUCCACCAUUGGCCAGGGCUUGGCUACCUGAUUUCCCAAAGAGGCUGGCUAGAAAAUAGAACAGACAGUAUUAAAUAUACCAAGAUGGACAUUAUUCAAGUCAUGGCCACAACUCUGUAGAGGGUAGGGUGCAUCCAUUUCUUAGCCAAAGUAAGCAAAAUGUGGUCCCUGGACCUCCCCAUUUUAAUAAAGGCUGUGUUCUUCAUCUAUAAGAUGAUAUUCUUCUAUUUUUUUUAAAAAAAAACUAUAAUGAAGGUUUGAUGCCAUCUUUGCUGAAGAAACACAAUAAAUAAGUAGCAGUCUUUCUUUAGUAGCAGUGAUUUACUAUUUUAAGUUUUUAAUGUAUUGUGUUUUAAUUGGUAUGACUCCUUGUGUUAUAUUAUGUUUAUUUAGUUUAAUCCUCAGUUAGUUUUAUAAGUUAUAUUCAGUUCAUUUUAUUUCAUGUUUAUGUCUUGAUUGUUGUUUGUCUGUUUUAGGCAUGGAAUGUUUGCCAUCUCUGUUAUUCUUUGGAAACUGCCCAGAGUCCCUUCAGGGAGAGAGGGCAGGUUAUAAAUUGUUGUUGUUGUUUCAAGUUCAGGUUCAUCCGUUACAAAUCAAAAUAGAUUUUUAUCCAUUUUAAACCAUUCUGUAAUUUGUCUAUAAGCAAACUAUUAUUGAGAAAUCCUCUAGCAAUAACUCCUCCCUUGUCUUUAAUCUGCAUUGGUCAUUAUUUAGUAACAGACAGUCUUUAUGGUCAACACUCCUGUUAUGUUUGUUUUGCUGUCUCUGUUCCUGUUCUGAAGAUUGCACCUCACCUUCUGUCCCUGUAAUAAUUGGAUUUUGGGGGGGAAAAUGUCUUGUUGUGGGAACAAGGAUUGUUGAUAAUGCUUCAAUUGAGGCACCUUUUCCCCGUGACACUCUUUUAGGAUUAUUCUUCUGAGUGGUAAAUUUCUCUCACUUCCUGUUGUCUCACCUCCGUUCCUAACUAUGAGUUGUUUGUAAGUCAGAUGUUUGUAACUCAGGGACUGCCUGUAAUUUGAAAUCUUGUCAUCCAAGAUAUUAACGGAAGUGAAUUACUUUUUAAAUUUAAAAAUGCCAUUUCCUUU